AUGUCUCAAGCAGAAUGGGUCACUUUAGAAACUUCCUUCAAUUCACCUGCUGUAGCACGAGGAACAGGUCAAAACGAUGGUGUCUUCUUUAUGGGCAAACAAUAUCGUGCUGUAAGGGCAGACAAGAUGUCGGUUUAUGCUAAAAACGCUCAAGGUGGAAUACUUUGUGCUAAAACAACCACACAUUAUGUUGUUGCUGCUUACGAUGCCGAGAUGUAUGCUAGUGUCGCUGUUGAAGCUGUAGAGAAACUAGCUGCAUAUUUGAGGACAAAGAACAAGUAG